AAGGUGAAAAAUUCAAAACGGUUUGAAAUCUUUAUUUAGUUUUGAACACCUAGUUAUAUAGCACAAACUCAAAAUGUAUGCGGGGCUUACAUACACAUAAUGAUGUGAAUCUUUUUAAAUGAAAUAUUCACUAUCCGAUUCCCUCUCCCUCAUCGCCAAAAACCUUCCCUAUCCGAACCCAUCAAAAGACUCGAUACCCAAAUUCCUAAUCACAGGCACCCGAACCCGAACCCGAACCCAAACCCAAACCCAAAUCCCACCCAAUAACCCUAUUCCCUACAUGAGAAAGACCAUAUGUUUUAGUACAAUCAUCCCAAACAAACAAAAGAGAACCAAAAUCAAAUAAAAUCAAAUCAAAGUACAAAAUCCGAAACCCUCCAUUUUCAACUCUACAUUCAAAAAACACACACUCCCUUCUCUCAUUCAUCAUUCAUUCUUUCUUCUCCAAAAUGUCAAUCCACUCAGUGGUAAUCCAGAAGCUUCUAAGCACCAACGCCCAUCUCGGCCGUCGCAUCACCGCCCACCAUUGCAAGCCCUUCAUCUAUGGCAGUCGCAAUGGCACCUCAAUCAUCGAUUCCGACAAAACCCUAAUUUCCCUUCGCAAUGCCCUCGAUUUCAUCUCCCACCUUGUUCGUGGCAAAGCUCGCUUCCUCUUCGUCAACACCAAUCCCCUUUUCGACGACAUUUUCGAUCAUAUGACUCGCAAGAUCGGCCAUGGUUCCUUUCUCUCUCCUCAAGCUCAGUACUGGCGAUUAGGGGGUUUCUUGACCAACUCUUCUAGCCCUAAAAAGUUUAGGUCUAGGAAUAAGAAGAUUUGUUUUGCUCCAGCUCAACCUCCUGAUUGUGUUGUGAUUAUGGAUUUUGAGAGGAAGUCUUCUGUGAUUAAUGAGGCUGCUAAGCUUCAGAUUCCGGUUAUUGGGUUGGUGGAUUCGAGUGUUCCGAGGGAGGUUUUCGAGAAGAUUACGUACCCGAUUCCGUGUAAUGAUUCUGUUCAGUUUGUUUAUACGGUUUGUAAUUUGAUUACUAAGACGUUCUUGCUUGAACAGAAGAAUUUGAAUUUGGGUGAUGCUUCGGGUACUGAUGCUUCUGCUACUGAUGCUUCACCGGGUGAGGAAGCUACGGUGACAGAAGAUGAUCAAUCUCCGCAAGAGUUGAAGCUUGCUGAUGCUUGAUGAUGUUACAUUUGAGGCUUUUGGGUGGAUAAUUUUUUUUGGAUGGGAAGGUUAGGAAGAACAGUUUCAGUUUAUCGCGUAGUUGCUGCCAUGUGACAUUCUGGUAGAAUGUUAGGACAUUUGCUCGAGACCGAGACUAUAGCUGAGGUGUUUCUCAUGCUAAUUUUUCGUAUUUAUAAGUGUUAGAAUACAAAUUUUGUAUAAAUUCUUUCUUGUAUGUUCCAUUAUAACAUGUUGAAAUCCAUUAUUGCAGAAGUCAAAUUUGAUUUAACAGACUUCCCUCAGCCCCGUGCUGUUUUCUGUAACCUUGUAUAAUCAUUUGAGUUAGAGAGUGCAGGUUUCUAGAUUUUUUUUUUUUUUUUUUUUUUUUUUUACGGGAGGUUUCUAGGUUGAUGUUGCAAUAAAAGUAAAAUUUGAUUUUCUAA